UCCAUCUUCACCCCGGCUACAAUACAUUUUGAAAGCUUAAUAGUUUCCCGUUUGAGUCUGUUUUCUGGAACUUGACGUAUCUGUUUAGCUCCUCCAUGUCUGUGCACGUGCGCGCGGAAGGCACCAAUCAAGGUGCGAGGGAGGACACGUUCGUUACAUGUCACUUUUACUAUCCAGAAAGGCGGUGUUUAAGUCAUUUCCUUAUUAAUAUAAUGUAAAAAAAUACAUACCACCCGCCUAAACCUGCCAUGGCGUCAAAAGGCGAGGUGUCAAUUGCUCGAUUGACAUCCGAUCCCGUUUCCUACCCUGGAGGUUCGAAAAGAAACGUCCUAUAUAAAUACACUAUAUAAGAUAUCAACUUUGUUGAACCGUGGAUAAAAUAUUGAUGGUUAAACCACCGGGCAGGAUUACUAUACACAUAGAUGGGCUUGCUGAUCGAAAAUAGAUAUAGAAAAGUAAGUGACUAAACAAACAAUAAAGCGCAGUUUAUUUGCGUUUUUCUGUUCAACUAUAACAUGGUCACUGUUAUGUGACCAGAUGAAGUGCAGCUCAAUGGGGUAAUGAAUAACUCCUGACAGGAACGGUGGUUCUUAUUGGCAGCUCUCCGGUUUAUGGCCGAGGCAGAGGUAUAUUAAUGCCCUUACAUAGAUGUGUGUUCGCUCAGUGUGCGCCGCUGCCGUCUCUGUGGGUUGGAGGCCAGGACUGUGUUGUUUGCAGGAUGUUCAGGCUAGUGCUGCUGCUGCUCCUGUCUCUGUAUGGGUUGCAGGCUGCCCCCAUCGCCGCUCCUAAAACUUCGCAGGAGAAACCUCCAACUGUCCAACUGCCUGAUGGAUUCCGACAGGGCACAGAGAAUUCCCACAUCCUCGGACAGAUCCCAGAGGACUUUCGACAAGGCACCGCACCCUCCCGCAGAUUCAUUGUUGACCAGAGCACAGGCCUGGUGAAGGAGCACGUGAGUGAGAUGGAGAGGAGAGCAGAUGCCGUCCAACCUGCUUUUGGAAAUGGGUUUGGGGAGAUGGAGAGAAGGCACUGGUUGGCAGAUGAUGUCACUGAUGACGUCCCAGUGCAGAAGCUCACAGGAGGCUGGAUUCGAGUUGAGGAACCCUCUGCUUCUUACCAACAAGAUGGUUUCAGACAGGGAACAGAACCCCACAAGUCUAUUCCUGAUGGUUUCAGACAGGGAACAGAACCCCACAAGUCUAUCCCUGAUGGUUUCAGACAGGGAACAGAACCCCACAAGUCUAUUCCUGAUGGUUUCAGACAGGGAACAGAGCCCCACAAGUCUAUUCCUGAUGGUUUCAGACAGGGAACAGAGCCCCACAAGUCUAUCCCUGAUGGUUUCAGACAGAGAACAGAGCCCCACAAGUCUAUCCCUAAUGGUUUCAGACAGGGAACAGAACCCCACAAGUCUAUCCCUGAUGGUUUCAGACAGGGAACAGAACCCCACAAGUCUAUCCCUGAUGGUUUCAGACAGGGAACAGAACCCCACAAGUCUAUCCCUGAUGGUUUCAGACAGGGAACAGAGCCCCACAAGUCUAUCCCUGAUGGUUUCAGACAGGGAACAGAACCCCACAAGUCUAUCCCUGAUGGUUUCAGACAGGGAACAGAACCCCACAAGUCUAUCCCUGAUGGUUUCAGACGGGGAACAGAACCCCACAAGUCUAUCCCUGAUGGUUUCAGACGGGGAACAGAACCCCACAAGUCUAUUCCCGACGGUUUCAGACAGGGAACAGAACCCCACAAGUCUAUUCCUCAUGGUUUCAGACAGGGAACAGAACCCCACAAGUCUAUUCCUCAUGGUUUCAGACAGGGAACAGAACCCCACAAGUCUAUUCCCGACGGUUUCAGACAGGGAACAGAACCCCACAAGUCUAUUCCCGAUGGUUUCAGACAGGGAACAGAACCCAUCAAGUCUAUUCCCGAUGGUUUCAGACAGGGAACAGAACCCCACAAGUCUAUUCCCGACGGUUUCAGACAGGGAACAGAACCCCACAAGUCUAUUCCCGACGGUUUCAGACAGGGAACAGAACCCCACAAGUCUAUUCCCGAUGGUUUCAGACAGGGAACAGAACCCAUCAAGUCUAUUCCUGAUGGUUUCAGACAGGGAACAGAACCCGCUGAUCAAGUGAAGUCAUUUGGGGGCUUCCGACAGGGCACUGAACCCUCGACCAAAUGUGAGGGCCAAGUCAUCAAUGGUAACUGCUACGAGUUCAACCCUACACCCCUGGCCUUCAGAGACGCCCAGGACCGGUGCAGAGCUCUCGCCCCAAAAGCAGAGCUCUCCUCCGUCAGCAGCCGAGACCUGCAUUCCCGCUUGGUUUCACUGGUAACCCUGCAGAGUGGGAACAGGCCACCGCAGAUGUGGCUGGGAGGAACGGUCAAGAACCAGCAGGCGUCAUGGGUGGACGGAUCAGAGUGGACUUACAGCGACUGGAUGCCUGGUCAACCCAACAUACACACAGACAAACCAGUGUGUGUGGAGAUGUUUCACAUUGACGAGAGCUGGUGGACGGCUGCAGACUGCGAGCUGGAGAGAGCCUCCAUCUGUUCGUACCCGGUGUCUCCGUGACGACCUGAAAGACUCAUCGGCAGAAGUGGAAAUGAACGGCGAAUAAAAAACUGAGCACAAUGACGACUUGCGAGUGUAAAUGUCCUACCUUGCAAACACGGUUUCCAUCAGAGAAAU